GAGCGGUUGAAACUGUCUCGUCAUCAACCUCGUUCCCACGCGGAGGAUGUCGCCACGCGCAGUAAACUUAACUAUUAAAACCCUUCCCUUUGAGAUUCUGGGGUCACCGAAGCAAUCAUCCCCUCGAGGCUUCUUCUUCUUCAUCCAAUUCGAUUAAUAAUAUCUCUAAGGGAGUCCUUAAAAAAAAACCAAGUGGUGGUCUUUCUUGUGACUCAUAAGCUACACCACUCACUCACUCAAAAAAAUAAGAAAUGAGCUUUGCGUGCCUUGUGUGUCACAGUGUAGAGAGCCCGUCCCACUCGCUUAGAAGCUACUCUCUUUCUAGCUCAGACAAUGAAGGAAGAUGCUCCGUGAUUGCGAACUGCCUCUCAAGGACAUCACUCAUUCAAGCUGCAAGAUCCAACACUUUCCCUGCUUCCUCAUCCUCCUCAAAGGUAACCCCACAGCCAAAUUUCCAAGGAGGUGAUCUGAUGAUAACAGAAGGAGCCUCCCCAAGGCUAGUGCGGAGCCGUGCAGUGAGAAGAGACAUUGUCAGAGACUGGAACUUCGACGAAUCCGUGACUGAGCUUUAAUAAAAGAUUGAAAUCUCACUCUCUUCUCUCUAUAGAUUAGUAUUACCAUGAAUGUUCAACCUCAGGAGAUCUUUUGUAUUCAUCACUUGUCAGGUUUUGUAUUUUGCUCACUGCUUUAUAAACUAAUAAAUCUAACAUUAAUUA